GCACGGGUCGUUGUCCAUCUAAGUGACUUUUGUCUCUUAUCUCGUCAUUCGUCAGUACCCUCAUGCGUGUUUUCACGGGCCGAGCUCUUUUGCCUGGAUUCGAUUCGCCCAGGCCCGCAACAAUAGAAGUAUCUAUCCAGACUGGUAAGAUCACUGCGAUUCACGAAGAACAGAGAGGAAGAGAUGCAUAUCCCGGCAUUGAAGAUGUGAACUGGGUGGAUGCUGGUGACAAAUUCAUCCUCCCAGGCCUAGUAGAUGCGCAUGUACACCUGAAUGAACCUGGACGUACGGAUUGGGAGGGUUUCUGGACUGGCACUCGUGCCGCAGCUUCGGGCGGUGUCACAACCGUCGUUGAUAUGCCGCUCAAUUCAAUACCUCCUACCACAACCGUAGAGAAUCUGAACCUCAAACGAGCAUCGGCGGAUGGCCAAUGUUGGACAGAUGUCGCAUUCUGGGGAGGUGUCAUUCCUGGGAACGAGACUCACCUGAAACCACUCGUCGAAGCUGGAGUCAAGGGGUUCAAAUGUUUCAUGAUAGAGAGCGGGGUUGAAGAAUUUCCAUGCGUCACAGAAAGCGACUUGCACCCUGCUAUGAAGAAUUUAGAGAACACGGAGUCUGUCUUACUGUUUCAUGCGGAAUUCGAUGACUCCACCUUGGACGAUGAACAGGCCUCGAAAGAUCCCACCCUCUACAGCACAUUCCUUUCCUCACGCCCGCAGACUUUCGAGAUAAAUGCAAUCAGCCGCAUCACAUCAUUGCAGCGUUCAUACCCAUCCCUCCGCUGCCAUAUAGUGCAUCUCUCGGCCGCGCAAAGUCUACCCCUCAUUCGUGAAGCCAAGGCUUCUGGCAGUAAACUUACCGUCGAAACAUGUUUCCAUUACCUCUGUCUCUCCGCGUCUUCGAUACCUCAUGGUCGCCCCGAAUUUAAGUGUUGCCCACCCAUUCGUGAUGACGAAAAUCGCGAAGCUUUGUGGGAAGCACUGAAGGAUGGGACGAUCGACUUUGUCGUUUCUGAUCACAGUCCAUGCGUAGCAGAGUUGAAGAAAGUCGACGAGGGAGAUAUAAUGGCUGCAUGGGGAGGCAUCAGCACCUUGGGGCUUGGCCUCAGCUUGCUCUGGACGGAGGGAAGGAAGAGGGGUGUUGAGAUUGGGAAGAUCAUGGAAUGGACCAGUGGAGAAACGGCGAAGCAUGCUGCACUCAGUGACAGAAAGGGACGUAUCCAGUCUGGCUACGACGCUGACCUGAUCGUUUGGGACCCCGAGAUUCAGUAUACAGUAACCAAGAAGUCACUGAAUUUCAAGAAUAAACUUACACCAUAUGAGGGGCUGAUUUUAUCCGGUCAAGUAUUGAAGACUUUUGUGAGAGGAACACUUGUCUUUGAUCGGACCCAAGGCGAGUUUGCAGGACUUAAACCGACUGGAAAGCUGCUGUGAUGUGGCCAUGAAGUCUUAAGGUCACAGUACGUCACGAAAUUCAUUUUCUUCGUCCAUAUUAAAGAUUCCUAGCGAUAUCGAACCGCAUGGACAUGAGCGUCUAAAAUUAUACAACUAAAUGUCAUGAAACAAGAUGUCGAUGAAAAAUGACUAUAAUGCCCUCUGAUA